CUUGCUUAGCCCGUUUUGUUUUGGUAACGCUACACUGUCUAAAGCUUGCAUGGAAGUUUCGGGUUCAAGUCAGGUUAAAGUGCGCCAUAAACAACAGGCAGUCUCUCAGGGGGUGCGGGUAAAAGUGAAACAGGCUUUGCCAGCUAUUUGUGUUUAGCUAACCAUUGACACUUUAUAUCUUUCUGCAGAAGCACUGUUAAAAAGUGACAAAGCAGCGCAGUGAAUCAUGAAUCUGCUAUGAAUGACUCAGGAGAACAUUUGGGGCUUCGUUCGGUGCUGUCCGGGGCUCUUUCAGCCUCCUGGAGGAUUGGAGAGGACACCAAAAGGAUCAUUUUGCCAUUCCUGACUUCCUCAUUGCCCUGACUGGUGCUGUACCUGCAGGUGUGGACGACAUGGCCAGUCCACAGCAGACUGACCUGUCAUUUGCGUGGGAGAAGUACAUGGAUUGUAGACUGCAAGGAGCGGAUCUGCAGGCAAUGGUGGCAUGUUACCCUGGAAACGGCACAGGAUACGUGCGCCAUGUGGAUAACCCCAACGGCGACGGACGCUGUGUCACAUGCAUAUAUUACCUUAACAAAGAUUGGACUGCCAAGUUGCAAAAAGGGUCAACUGCAGGAACCGAAUCGACCCUACUGGACACAGCAUGGGAUUGAAAGAUGAAGGUAAUUUGUACCACAAGCUCACCUUCUCACCAGAGAUCAUCAUGGCCACUCUCAGCCUUUAUCUGAUUCUGUGGUCAGCGUCGCAAAGGUCCCUAUUCAUCACACAACUGACAGGGCCACGGGAGGAUGCAGUUGUUGAACAUACUAAAGCAAAACGCUAAGGAACUCUGAUCCAGCGGGUGCAUCAGGACAAAAGGGCUGGAGAAAAUGAGUGAUCAUUUCUUGUGGCCAUGUCAACCACCAGGCUGCUGAAUGGGAUGGGAGUCAGAGAACGCUCCCUCCAUUAGGCCAUCAAGUCACUUGAAGGAUGCUGCCAGGCAAAAAGUGACGCAAUUACCCCCUAAACCUAGGGCUGCUCGAUUAUGACAAAAAUCAUAAUCACGAUUACUUUAGCCAAUCAUGAUUAUUCAUUGACUUUGAAAACAUCCAUUUAUUGAACGUUAAAAAAAAUCAAAUUAACAAUCUGAGCAGUAUUUUUUUAACAGUUGAAUACCCUGAACUUUAAGUAUAAUUCAACGGAAAAACCGAUAAAACUAAAUAAUUAUACAUUUAUAUCUCCAUUUGAAUAAAUAAUAUCAAAAUAAUAAAUACCAAUAAAGAAGAUCAACAAACAUUUUGGAGCGCAUUUCCACAAGCUACUAAACAUAUAUAAAUAUGAUGACUAAUGUCACUCACUGCUACACGCAGUACUCUUAUUUUGGUGACCCCUUAUCCGGAAACAGGAAGUAGCUAAGAGGCUCCAGCUUGACGAGGUUAGUGAAAGUUGACUGAACGCUAGAGACCGGAGAAUAAAGACACGGCAACUAAAGCUUCCCUUUUAACGUGUUUAUAUGGAUUUAUUAAACAGACUGCAGUCACAACACAACCUGGCCGAGAGGGCUUUUAGGGAGGGGCGAAAGCGCACGUGCGGGCAGGAUGUAUAACGCAAAACAAAUUGAGAGCAUCAUUGCGAAAGGGAAUGCAGCAAAAUAAUCGUUUUAUUUCGAUUACGUUGUUUUCGUAAUCGUUGCAAGCCAAAAAACGUAAUCGAGAUUAAAAUACGAUUAAUUGCACAGCCCUACCUACACCUCUUAAUAAGUGAUUGCCAAUUACAAAACAGGCAUUUAAAACCUAGUCCUUUGAGCUUAACCUCUAUGCUUUCUGACCAAAUUAGCAUUUAAAACUAUUCUGCUACUUUUUUGCACUUUGUUUUGGUCAAGAAUCAUUCAUAUAAUGAUCAAAUAUAUAUUUAAUUUGAAAAAGGUUCUCAAUAUGAUCUCCUAACCUAGCAGACUUAAUGUGAAAGGAUGAACUUAAGAGCACAAGCUUACUAAACAAAAUGUUCACCAAUUCGUUUUUAGCCUCAGACCCCCGCUGGGCUCCACAUGUCUAUCAAUACAUGCAUGAAGGAAAUAUAGGUUACCUUAUAAUGUGCUUCAGGUGUCUAACGUACAUGUUGUAAUUGUAUUGGUUAAGUAAGUCACCUUGUGAAUACGGGCGGACUAACAGGAUGCUGCACACCAGGAUGCUGCACACCAGGAAGCAGCGACAUUCUUUCUAAGGGAAAGCAGCAACUGCAAGGUGGGAGGAUGGCUUUCAUGCUUCUGUGAGGAGCCAGCCUCAUGACAAGACACAUAACUAGACAAGAGAUUGUAUUCCAGACUUCCUCACAUACUUGACCUCCAGGCCUGCAUAUGGAAAUGACGUAGAUACAGGAAACUCUGUUUUGCCUCCUGAUGAUGGUUUGUGAGAGUGUGAGAUCAUGCACUAGUCUGUCUUCUGUCUGAGUGCCACUAAACAGAGGAUGAACAUUAUUAGCUCUCAUCAAACAAUCAGUAAAGGCUAAGAUGAUGAGAAAAAAUAACAUAAACCCCUAAUUUAACGUUGACAGUAUAAUCACUCGGCUUGUUUGGCGUGUAUAAGGUGUUUUGUCUUGCUACGUAGACUAAGAAGUUACUGCUCCCUCAUCUUUAAAAUAGCCAACAGAAUCAGAUGUCAUUGUCUUCAACCUUAUACUUGAGCCACCUUUGUUAUAGCCUUAACAGUUUUAAACCUCGUGACAACAUUUGGCUUAGAAGGACUAAUAAUGACAGGUUUGGUUGUUAUGACUUUAUAUCCUAACAAUUUCUACUAACUUCGAUUCGACCAUUAUUUCAUAAACCGCAAAGAAGACAAACAAGAAGGUGGAAAAAGUGAACUAUGGACUAUCCAUCUGAAGGGUGGUAUGCUCACUGUGUAGAACUGUUAAAAAGGCUGGCCUUAUUAUGAUGAAAAUGAUCUGAACUUUGGAUUUCAGAUAUAAUGUCACGUCAGAUAAUACACAAACAUUUGAGGUCAUUUGGGUAACACAGCAAAAAAAAAGACUAUUUAAAAAAAUAAACAAUUUUAAAAGGGGUAAAAGUUCAACAUAAUAAGGAUACUAUUAAUUAUAUUUGGUCACCAGCCAAUAUUGGGGCUUUUUGUUUCAAAUACAUCAAACAAUCCUAUUUGUAUGCAAAUAUUCUACUGUUAAUGCAUUGUUCAUCAGUUGGGUCUGAGGGCCUUUAUGUUAAAUCAACUAAGCGGUUGCAUGAUUUCUAUUGUUAUGUUCAUGCACAGGCUUCAAUCAUUCCAACAAGCCAUGUUUGGGGACCCCUUUGGACUAUUAAAGGAUUCCUAUCUGCUCUCUGA